ACAUUGGACACGUCGAAGGGACGCAAUACCUAAAGCCUUGGAGUACAAUAAUUUUGCCGCACCAGUAAAACGGCUGACUGAGAGGGAAACAGAGUAACUGCGAGAAUGAGGUGAGAGGGAGAGAUUGAGGAAGAAAGUGAGGGGGAGGUUUAGGGCUGUUGAGCAUGGAGGACCUGAGGUGGAAAACAGAAAGCCUAAGUGCUAUUUUUUCCAGAGAAUAAAAUAUGGAAGAAGUCCUUCAUGAACAGGUUUUUUUCCCCCUAGUUAAGCUUCACUUAGGAGAGUUAGUUUUGUUCGUGAACCACUCAUUUCAUUUAAAUACAGCUACCUGUAUACUGCAAAUAUCCAAAAGGUUCAAAAGUUACUUCUGAGGGUUUCUUUUCUUUUUUUAAAAGUGAUCAGAAGAACAGAAGAGUUUCAAUCUAAUAUUAGAGAUCUAUGCACCCUGAAGAGCAAAUUCAUAUCCAGGACUAUAGGGUGCAUAUUCUGCCAAAUGGAGAACGCAUCUUGAGAUCAUAAUUCAAUCCAGAGAUAUGCUUGAAGGAUGCGCUCAAAAGCAUCGUUCUUAACAUAUGACCAUGGUCAUCCUGACGACGAAAGUGAUAUUUUGGAGUUAAACGAUGACAUCUCAAGACCGAGAGGUAAAGGCAACGGCAAAGGCAAGAAAAGUAACACAAGCAGUGUAGAUGGAGUGACAGGGAAAACGAGGAUGUCAAAGGAGGAACGUCUUCGCCUAAAUGAAGAAAAGAAGCAGCAGAAAGAGCGAGAGAAAUUGCAAAAGGCGGCCCAGAAGGCUGAAGCUGCAGAGAUAAAAAAGCGAGAAAAGGAAAAGGAAAAGUGGGAAAAGGGAAAGUUUGCCCAUAAGUCUAUUGUAGCUCACAUUGACACCAAAGUUGUGGAACUAGGCUCGAUCGGAGGUCAUUUGCUAUCAAGGCUUGCGGAAAAAGGUCUUUCCUUCCGAGUUUCAUCAAAUCCAAUUGAAAAGUCUAUUGUGUGGUCAAUAAGUGUUCCGGAGGAAAUAUCAAAGAUUUCAUCAGAAGUUAUCAAAGUUCCAUAUAUAUUAAUCAUAUGUGAGGCCGAGGAGUUUUGCGACCUCGUGAAUAGCGAAUCAUUGAUGAGUCAUAUUUCCCGUGUUCAGCGCCUUUAUCCUCUUCAUACAGUCUGUUACCUCACAAACAAGCUUAUGGCAUACAUCAACAAAAGGGAACAAGGUCAAUACAAGGACCCUGCCAAUCAUAUUGGUUGGAAACGGCCACCUAUAGAGGAGGUUCUGUCCAAGUUAACAAUUAAUUUCGUUAAGGUGCAUUCAAGACAUUGUGUUGACGAAGCUGAAUUAGCUGAACAUGUAGCUGGGCUGACUUACAGCUUAGCUUCUUGUCAGUUUAGGUAUGUCAAAGUCAUAUCUCAGUGAACUUGAAUUCUUGGA